GCAAAAGAGAAUCGAGGAUCUAAGGGAAGGAGGAGGAACGUAAAGAAUCAUAGAAUAUGGGUGCGGGUGGUGGGAGAGGGAUUCCACGACACCAAAGCAGCAGGUAAAAGAGCAGAGUACAGCCCAGAGGCAUCUGGCGGGCACUCGCCCGGUGCCCCGCCAGAAGCGGGCGGCACGAGCGCGCACUACAAAUACCAGAAGCCCCCGCUUCCUAGAGCUCGCGCCGCGUCGCGCAACGCACGCCGGGUGCCGGCCCGAGCCGCCAAGAUGUCGCAGCCCAAGAGAAGAAAGCUUGAGUCGGGGGGCGGCGGCGAAGGAGGGGAGGGAACUGAAGAGGAAGAUGGCGGAGAGCUGGAGGUGGCCCUGCCACGACCCCGGAGGACUAGGCGGGAGCGGGACCAGCUGUACUACCAGUGCUACUCGGAUGUAUCGGUCCACGAGGAGAUGAUUGCCGACCGCGUCCGCACCGAUGCCUACCGCCUGGGCAUCCUGCGGAACUGGGCAGCGCUGCGGGGCAAGACCGUGCUGGACGUGGGCGCGGGCACCGGCAUUCUCAGCAUCUUCUGUGCCCAGGCCGGAGCCCGGCGCGUGUACGCGGUGGAGGCCAGCGACAUCUGGCAACAGGCCCGGGAGGUGGUGCGGCUCAACGGGCUGGAGGACCGGGUGCACGUCCUGCCGGGGCCGGUGGAGACGGUGGAGUUGCCGGAGCAGGUGGAUGCCAUCGUGAGCGAGUGGAUGGGCUGCGGACUCCUGCACGAGUCCAUGCUGAGCUCUGUGCUCCACGCGCGGACCAAGUGGCUGAAGGAGGGCGGUCUUCUACUGCCGGCUUCCGCCGAGCUCUUCGUGGCGCCCAUCAGCGACCAGAUGCUGGAGUUGCGCCUAAGCUUCUGGAGCCAGAUGAAGCAGCUCUACGGUGUGGACAUGAGCUGCCUGGAGAGCUUCGCCACGCGCUGCCUCAUGGGCCACUCAGAAAUCGUGGUGCAAGGCCUGUCCGGCGAGGAUGUGCUGGCCCGGCCGCAGUGCUUUGCUCAGCUGGAGCUGGCCCGCGCCGGCCUGGAGCAGGAGCUGGAGGCGGGGGUGGGUGGGCGCUUCCGCUUCAGCUGCUACGGCUCGGCUCACAUGCACGGCUUUGCCAUCUGGUUCCAGGUGACCUUCCCCGGAGGGGACUCGGAGAAACCCCUGGUGCUGUCCACCUCGCCUUUUCACCCAGUCACGCACUGGAAGCAGGCACUCCUCUACCUGAACGAGCCUGUGCAAGUGGAGCAAGAUACGGACGUUUCCGGAGAGAUCACGCUGCUGCCCUCCCAGGACAACCACCGUCACCUACGCGUGCUGCUGCGCUACAAAGUGGGCGACCAGGAGGAAAAGACCAAAGACUUUGCCAUGGAGGACUGAGCGUGGCCUUCUCUCCCAGCUACCUCCCGAGGCGGCCAGACCUGCGCGGUAGAGGCGGAGGGGGGUCGGAGGAGAAAGGGAAAUCUCACGUGCAAGUAGGGGACAUUAUCUUCCGUCUCCCUUUCCCCCUAGGGCUCCUGGGGAGGGAGAAUAACUUCAUUCUCCCUUCGAGGAGAUUAUUCUGGCGAUAUUUAUUAAAAAGUGAUUUCG